UUAUACGGGAGGCUGAAAGCUCAAUUUUUAGUUCGCCUACACAAAAAAUAAACAUAGUUAUCUCGUUCUAAAUAUUUUCGGUUAUCAGUCACUACCUAAUUAUGAAGUGAGCUAUAAAUCAUAUAUUGUAAUCGCAUGCAAGUAAGUUUGUUAGUUAUUUUCACCAGUCUUUAAACUGUUUCAAAGAAAUCCUUCAACGAAAUGUUUAAAGCAAUUGCUGUUGUGUUUUUAUUGAUCGGUGCAGUUAACCUCACCGAUGUAACAUUCUACGAAAUAUUAGGAGUAUCGAAGCAAGCUUCAACGCAAGAAAUCAGACAAGCUUAUAAAAAGUUGGCUAUAAAAUAUCAUCCUGACAAAAAUCCCGGUGAAGCAGAACAAGAGAAAUUCUUGAGAAUCACUGAAGCAUAUGAAACAUUAAAAGAUCCAGAGAAAAGGAGAAACUACGAUAUCUAUGGGUCAUAUCCCUCUUACUCCAAGAAAUAUGAUUACAAAUCACAAUCUGAAUAUGAUAAUUUGUACUACAAUGGACUGUACCACAAUGAUCCAUUUGUUGAUACACUAUCUGGUGCUAGUUUUUACAAUUACUUGAAUGAGGGAUUUUAUUUUAUAAAUUUCUAUUCACCAUUCUGUCCACCGUGUCAAAAUGUGGCUGACCAUUGGAAAAAGCUUGCCGAAAUGUACAAAGGAAUCAUUAAAAUAGCUGCGGUGAACUGCAAAUACCACAACUCAUUUUGUUACAACUCUAUGAGGAUUGGUAGUUAUCCAUCAUUGCUUUUCUACCCUAACGGUAGAAAUGGCAACUUCAUAUACUACCGAGGUGAUCGCACGUUGGAGGCCCUAGACCAAUUUAUAAUGUCUUAUAUUAAAAGCAAGAUUCACGUACCAACAGUCACUCAACUCAGAAAUACGGACAAACCAUUUGCUUAUGUGUUGGGGAAUAAUAGAGUUGAACGGAAUGCUCUCAUAAGAAUCGCUUAUCAUCUGGAUGGAAUUGUGACAGUCGCUGUUGUGGAAAUUGAUAAUUUACGAGAGAAAUUGACAAAUAAUGAAUACACAACUGUAGUGUUCAAACAUAAAAGUAUAACCAAAGAAAUAGAGAGUAUGGAUGAAAAGAUAAUUGUUAAGGAAAUUGUUGACGCUCUGCCGGGAAUCGAUAAAAUUGAUCCGGAGAAGUUAAAGGACAUAAGAAACCAACUCCGUCGCGGUAGUAAGACACCAUGGGUGUUAUAUUUUUCUGCUAAAGGUCACGACAAACUGGAGUUGCAUCAGAUGAAGAAUGCGUUUCCUGAUGUUAUGUUUGGUGAAGUGGACUGCGAGCAGUGGUCGGAGCUGUGCCUGUCGCUGCAAGCAAUAGCGCCGGCGUGGGGCGCUUUGAAACGCGGUGGUGCCUACCAACUCGCACACACAUCGCCGCGUCGGUUCAUCACGACUGACAUCCACGCUAUCAGCCUCCACACACUCUCAGCGUCUGACCUUAAUAAGAUAUUGGAUGGUGUUAUGGGUUUGUGGGUGUUGCUGGUGGUACCAUACAAGCUGUCUUGGGAACAGCUCGCCGAUCCGUUCACUCGCGCCAGCUUGCAUUACAACGGAGACGGUAUCAACUUCGGGAUAAUGACUUGCACGUUGGACACGGACAAGUACUGCCGGCAAGUGGCGCACAGUGAACCCACUAUCCUAGUUCAGAAUGGCACGAAACAAAACAUUUACAAAGGACAGGUGGAAGAGAAGAAACUAUUGGAGUAUAUUCGCAUGUUGAGGAAUAGUGUUGAUUUAGAGUUAGACGAGGAGAAAGUGCUAGAGAUCCUGGAUCCGUCGGGACGUGAACACUCUUGGCUGGUAGCGUUCCUGCCCGCUAAUUGUGGCGCAUUCUGCGAUGAGCUCAUGCACGAGUUGAUGCUUGCUGCUGAUAAGCUGCGUCCGCUAAGGUUCGUGCGUGUGGGCGCGCUGCGCUGCGCCGGCGCCGCGGGGCUGUGCGCCAACGUGCGCGCCGCCACCGCCCGCCUCUACCCGCUGGCUGCUGGACAUCACUACAGUGUAAGCCUCCAACACCUGUCACAAGCGCCGUACAUUCUGGAAUGGGCUCUGCAAUACAUAGACGACUCGGUACAAAAACUCAACUGGCAGUUGUUCACGAAGACCGUUAUCGCUGAGGAGUUGAAUCCAAGCAGUGACAAAAAACCUUGGUUGGUAUAUUUCCAUUCGCCGAGAUGCUACCGGUGCUACGAGAUGUACGCGGACUUCGCGAUAGCCGGUAUUCUUCUAAACAAUGCAGUAAAUCUCGGCAAAGUGAACUGUUUGAACGACCGAGGUGUGUGCCAACACGAGAACAUCAACAGCUACCCAUCAUUAAAACUUUAUUUAGGGAGGAAUCAACACCAGAGGUUCAGUAGUGUUGUCAGCAUUCAAGUUAGGGAUUACAAAACUCUGUUAGAGGAAAUAAAGCCGCAUUUGAAUAGAUAUGAUAAGAGUUUGUUAGCCGGUUUGGAUUUAUUAGGUAAGAGUUUGCAUGAUGAGUUCUGAUGAAACAUGAAUAUUAAGCGAUAUUAGUCAAUGUUUGAAUAAGUAAUGGCUUCACUUAAUAUUAUCUGUAGCUUGGCUAUCAAUGUUGGUUAAUAGACAAAAUAUUUUUUUUGUCUGUAUUGAAAAAUAAAUAAAUUUGCAUACGACUCAUUUGAAUACGAACACUCUAAGUUUAAAAGCAUAUUAAGAUUAAUAACGGCUUUACUUUUUAAGCCUUGAAUAUGGCUGUUAAUAUAAGAUUAUUAUUUUUUUUAGCAUAGUAUAUAUUUCGAAAAUUCCUAACUGCGAAUAUAAUUAGGUUUCAACAAUAUCUUAAACUUGUAUUUUAUGACUAAAUCCACAUUCCUUUUACAAAAUCAUUUCCAUUUUAUAUUUUCGAAAUACUAGAUAUCAUAUCCCUUAAAAUCUGUAUAAUUUAAAGGAUGGGAUUCCAGGAUAAUUGACCCUGUUUAGACAGUAAAGUGUCCAUUUUCACAAAACAUAGUACCUUAGUUGACGCCAAACGUUUAAAACGCACCACAGUUGUCCAGCCUUUAAUUAAUGAUUGAGAUCAACUACCACAAUAUACCAAGGACACGGCCAAUAGUCGGCUCAUAUUUUAUAGCUUACUGGCUUAUGGUAUUAUUAAAGCUUGUGUUGUAAUCAAAAAUCAUAUUUAAGAAAUAAAUCUUUCCCAUAGAUUUAGCGCCUGUUUCACGAACUUUCUAAAUGCACUAGUCAAGUAAAAUAUAAUAUGACCAAAUACAAAAUACAUUAUAUGCUAUAAAUCAAUAGAGUACUAUCCACAUGACUGCUUCAGUGGCGUUGUUGUACUGCAUGCGCGGUACGGCAGCGCUCUGAGGUCCUGGGUUUGAAUCCCGGGACGGGCAAAGUGAUAUUUGGGUUCUUCUGUUCAGUAUCAUUCCGGGGUCUGAAAAUUGUACCCGAUAUGACGAUAGGCUCGCUCCCUAUCACAUCAUGGGUCGGAACAUAUUUGGUGAAAUGUGGGUGCCCUGGUUGCGUAUAAAUGCGUGAUGUGUAUAUAUACCAUCCAAAUUCGGUGUGUAAGGGGCCGUUCAAAUAUUACGUAACGCACUUUUUGAAGAAUUUUGGACACCCCAGCCUCCCCGUGUAACAUGCCCUAAAAGUUUUCCUAUGCGUAAUCCAAAAGUUAUGUAACUCUAAAGUGACAAUUUAUUUUAUAAUCUUCACAAUUAUUUUACGUAAAAUCAGAAAGUCGCUAAAAUCGUUAUUUAUAAAGCUUUGUACGAGACACCCCUCCUCCCAAAUUGCGUUACGUAAUACCUGAACGUUCCCUAAUACAUUAACUGGCAUAUAAAGUUUACUGAAAUAUUAUGAAACAGACCUUAAUAGUGAUAUAAAUGGCUUAUGACUAACGAUCGUCGCAUCUAAAUUUAUGAAUUAAGGUAGCUAGUAUUUACAUGGCAUUUAUUUUUUAUAGCUCUAUGUGUAAGAUUAUGCGUUUGAGCACCAUGUGGUAUGCGAAAUCGUCACAAAAAAUCUUUUUAGUAUAUUGACAAUUCAUACACUUAUUCUGACGUCGUAAUCGAGAGGGCAGUAAGUCAAAGGCGGCCAAUGUUUUAUUACUAAUUCGGAAUUUACGUUAAACGAACUUUUUUCCUACCAAUGUUUCAUACGUCUACGUAAAUUAGUAAUGCAUAUUCUUGUUUCAUAAACAGCAGUAAGAAGGAUAAGAUAAUAUUGUUAACCAUGUUCAUAGGCACCGUCAAGAUGAUUUUUGGGGAUAUGCAUCUGCAUCUACACAUUACAUAACAACAUAAAAUUUUCUUUUUUUUUUUUUAAAUAAAAAUCGCCCGGUAAUUUGUAUAUCCUGAACCAUAAUAAAACCUCUGUUCAAUGGUUCGCAUUGUCAUUUAGUUAUUUUUAUUGAUUUGUUCCGGACGCUCCCCGCAUGUGCACCUUCCUUCCGGUGUCCAGACCCGAAGCGCUUUCCCCACAUAUUGCCCUCCCGAUUACCAAAACAGUAUUGUAAACCGUAGAUCUAUAUUUCAUAUCGCGUAUACCGGUACAGUAUACAUUUUUUAAAUGGACUUCAAUACGUCAGCUGUAAUUGCCUUAGAUCUUACAAUGUGUUCAGAAUGGCGAAAGCGAUCCGAAUAAUUGUAGAAGCCACGAUAUACGCACGAUUGUGAUGAUGAGCUUCGCACGCAUUCUUAGCGGCUUUACGUGCAUCACUGACGUACUCGGCUUUCUUCUCAAUUUAUACAAAUUUUAAAGUUAAUUGAUAAAUUGUGAAGUUUUUAAAAACGUGAUAAUUAUUUUAAUGUGCCUAUAAUGUAAGCAAUAAUAAAUUUAAAUGUACAUUAGACUUUACAAUCUCAUGAAACCAGUGAAUCUACGAUAAUAGUACAACGCAAAUGUUAGUGAAUUUCAUCAUAACCUAAGUAAAGAACAAUGUUAGUUAAGUAACACAUUUAGCUUAAUUUGCAAUAUCAGUUCAAAUUAUUGUAGAUCUAAAUGAGAUCUGAGUCAAUUUUUAAAUAUUCAACCUCUGCCACAAGCGCUUUUGUUUCCUAUUAUUUUUACGGUUUAAGAUUAAUUUAUUUAAAUCAUGUGCGGUCCCAUGGCCAGUGGUUUAAUUACUAAUAGUUGGCCUUUAGACCGGUAUGGAUUCUCAAUUCCUAAUGUCACAAAUAUGUACUAUAAAUUAUGUUCUAAUAUAAGUUUUUUACACGU